GCCGGAGCGCCCCCGGGCUCUCGGCUCCGCAGGCUCAGGUAGACUUGGAGGCUACGGGGCAGUGGCUGCGGAGGCUGGGCUGGCGGGGCGAGCGCGGGCCGCGGAGCCGACCUGAGGGAGGACCUCCUGAUGCAGGCAAGCAAAGAACAUCUAUGCACGGACCUCCCUGAAGAUGGUCUGAGGAACAAAGAAGGAAAUGUACAAAUUACAGCUGAAACUCUGCUAAAAUCUACUGAGGAAGUACAAGGUAUGAAGGUCAGUGGGACUAAGACGGAUAAUAAUGAAGGACAUGAGAAUGGCCAUCCACACUGCGUUACCGUCCGUGCCUCUUCCGGACCUGGAAGCUGCUUACAGCACCAGCGGCAGUCAUGUGAGGCUAGAGCCUCCAUUCCCUGCCUUGGUACCAAAGUCUCGCUUGGUAACAGACUCAGCUGUCAGCAAGCUCCUGCUUUCAGCCUCCGAGUUCCCGGUUCCUGGAUUUGAUGAGCUGGAUGGUGUGACAGCCCCGUGCCCCCGACCACAGAGCAGCCCCCCAGAACAGAAAGAGACUGAGCCGGAGAAGAGGCCAAAGAAGGUCUCACAGAUUCGCAUCCGGAAAACCAUUCCUAAGCCAGACCCUAACCUUACCCCCAUGGGCCUUCCUCGACCCAAAAGGUUAAAGAAAAAGGAGUUUAGUUUAGAAGAAAUAUAUACCAACAAGAAUUAUAAAUCUCCUCCUGCAAACAGGUGUUUAGAGACCAUCUUUGAGGAACCUAAGGAACGGAAUGGUACGCUCAUCUCAAUCAGCCAACAGAAGAGGAAGCGAGUUCUGGAGUUUCAGGAUUUCACAGUCCCACGAAAGAGGAGGGCUCGCGGUAAGGUCAAGGUGGCAGGCAGCUUUACCCGGGCCCAGAAGGCGGCGCUGCAGAGUCAAGAGCUGGAUGCUCUGUUGAUACAGAAACUGAUGGAACUGGAGACCUUCUUUGCCAAGGAAGAGGAGGAGCAGGAGCGGUCAUCCGGUUGUUGAGAAGCGAUUCAGGUGGGGGGGUCUCAACUUUAGACUUUCCCGGCCUCCUUGGAAGAGGUUGCCUAAUUUUGCCCUACUGCCCAAACCACUCAAAAUGCAGACUAUGGAUUUUUACCUAUUUCAAGGUGCAGCCUUUUUAGGAACUGGUGAAAGAGGGUCCUCUAACUUGUACUGCUGAGUAUAGAACCUCAGGAACGCUCCCUUUCUCCUGGAAAUGGUCCUGAAUGAUGUCGGCCUCCUCCCCACACUCUCUGCCAUCCACGGAGGAGGACACCACAUACCUUCAGUAACACUAGGUUUCCAAGGACUCACAGCAUUUGCACGUCCAUGUGAAAGUUCCGCGUUGUUUACGGUGGUGCUAGACCAAGGUUAUUUAGACAUGUGGCCUAGGGAGGGGGACCUGGCGUCCUGUCCCAUGUCUCACCGGCUCAUUUCAGUAGUUGAGGAAAGAUGAGCUGCUGUGUUUUCUAAUCCUUUGAGCCCAUCUGUCCAGAACCAGGUUGUGUGUGUGUGUGUGUGUGUGUGAGUGAGUGUGAGUGUGUGUGUGUGUGUGUGUGUGUGUGUGUGUGUGUGUGUGUGGCUUUUCCCCAUCAUUUUCUCCCCUCUGUGACUGUGGGUCACUAGUGCCAGAGGAGCCCGUCCAGGCCCCAUUCGAAGUAAGUUGCACUUUUUAAUGUGGUAGUGUUGAUUAUUUUCAUUUGUUUUAUUUCCCUUUUUUUGUUUUAAUUAUUGCUGCAUGUUUGGAGCCUUUAAAUGUGAUUUUAAAGCAGUUUUUUAAGACAUCAAGGAGAAAGACAGUACACGUCUUCAGAACACAUGACAGGCAUUUGACCUGGUUUGUCGGUGCGUGGUGUGGGGCGGCCGAGAGCCGUUUUCCCGUUGACGUGUUCAGGCAGCCCCUUCCCCGCCUCCAGCUCCUAGUGCGACUCAUUUCUCAUCUGGGUUCUCAUUCUUGCUUAAGUAGUUGUAUUUAUUUUAAUGACGGAAGUAAGAGCAGGUCUCUCCCCCAGUCAUUUAAAAAGUUGGAAGCUUGGGUGUGGUCUUAGUUGGUUUCAUCUGAAGUGGUGGUCCAUGACAGAGGCAUCCACGAUGGCUCAGGUGGUGAUUAAGCCAACCCAGAGCGUUUGCAGCUGCCAGAGCAGCCCGCUCCAUAGUGGGGAGGAGGACAGUCUGGGGUCACGAAGUUCCAUGGCCAGCCCUCUUGGAGGGCAGCUCACUGUACUUUGGGCUCCUGCGUCAGACCUACUGUAAGUUUGGUAGAAUGCCAGACAAAGGUCUCUGGGUUUCUCCGUUUCUGCCUGCAGCAGUCUGUGGGCAGAGGACCAGAAGCGUGCUGUGUGAGGCCACAAGCCCGGAAGUUUCAUUCCUUUCCCACUUAAGGCCUAUGUGCCCUUGCCUUGCUUCCCCUCCUCCCCUUCCCUUGUGUUUUAUCUUUUCUCUCUCUCUCUCUCUCAAAACAAGAGUGCAGAGAAUUAACAUUCCUUGGCUGGUGAGUGGGAUGCUAAGCCCAGCCUCAGGACAUUGGUCACCUCUCCCAUCCUCCCAGGAGCCACUGCCGUGGAGCAGCGCCAAUGGGAACUGUCAAAGCUCCAGAGACAUUUUCGAGUCAUUCUGUGAGAGGAGUGAGUGGUGCCGUCCUGGAUCAUGUCUCCUGGGUCCCUUUGGUUUCCCUGUCUGUCAGGGGAUGGGAGGGUGGGGUGGGGGUGGGGGUUUCUAUGUGCCUUUCCUUUGCAGGUUGACAGUCUGUGCCACACUGGAGCAGAAAAACUGACAGUGCGAGAAAAACGAAGUGCCACGUCUGUCUUGUAGGUCCAAUGCCUCAGACAGAGCAUUUAGUAAGUGAAAUACACACCUGGUGAUCCAUGGAGGCUUCUAAGGCCACAGCCACGUAGCAUUAGAGGGGAGCCUGGCUUCCGCACCAGCUCUGAACAGUGCAAACCAGAUGCUGCCAUCGUGCAUUCGCUUUGCCCAGACUGUGCAGACACGACCUGUGUUUCCCCUCAGUACCUCUCCCUUCCUGGGACAGGGUCCUUAGACACAAAUGCUUCUCUCUGUCUUUUUGCUUAAGGGAGUGAGAUGAAUUUGUGCCCUUGUACAAACGUUUUUAGGAAUCUCCUGCUGCACAGCUUGCAGACUCCCAGCAAAUCUACAGAGCCCUGUUUGCCAGCUCCAUUGCCAGUGUAGAUGGGUCUGCAACGUGGCAAGCGUGGCAGACUGAAGUUGACGUGGGUGCAGCUGUGGCAUCACCAACAUUACAGAGAUACAAUUUCAAGUUUGCCCGUUGCAGGAGUGGCACUUGUCAGGGCCAGGAGCAAUGAUUUGGAACAUUGGCGUUUGGAAUGGGGGCUUGGGGGAAGUGGAGACCUGGGUUCCUUCCUUGUCCUGGGAACAUAGGAAAAAGCUCCGCUGAGGCCAACCCUCUCCUUGUAAUUCUUGGCGAGCAUCUGGCCGAGGCCCUUCCUCAUUCCAAAGUUAAGAAGGGGCCCCCACUGCAAACUUGAAAUUGCGUACCUGAAGUUGCCACAUCGUGUUCUAGCCGUGCUCAGCCAUACCUGUCUUGACAUCCAUUUUUACCAUUGGCCUAGCCAGCUGCAGUGCUGUCUGUGGUCCUCGGAGCCAGCCACCUGCCCAUAGCUACAGGAGGUCUGGUUCUGGGGUGGGACUUGGUACAGUUUCUGAGUAUGGGAACUUACCACCCAAAGACACUUAGUGUUUUUAAUAUGGGAAAGAGAGGAGAAAUCUCAGGUCCAAUCAGGGUUCUGCACGUCAGCUUUUCACUGAAACUUUCAACUAUAGUGUUUUCCAUCUGUCAGUUUAUAGCUAUAUUUGCCCCCCCACCUUCCCCCUCCUCUUUUCUUUUGGUUUCAUUUCUCUAUUAAUUUAAAUGUACCUCAUCACCUGUUCAAGCAGAUUAUGUCCACUUUUUUUUUACUGACCUUAUUCUAAGAGCUACAGCUGAGGGAGGUACAGUGGAGAGACAUACAGCGUUUGCCUUACUCGGAGCCUGAAGAGCUCAGAAACUCAUGCUGUGAAUCCUGAAACAGCGCUCCUCCAAGAGCUGUGAAAAACAUGACACUUUGUCACAACUUUGCCUGAAAGGGUCUUUUGCGCGAGUGCCAGAGCCAACCUGAGGUAGAUUCCAGAUCCCACCCUCUGGGCGUGAUCCUACCCCUGUGGCUGGUUCCCUGUCUGCCAGGCUAAGGGCUGCACAGAGUGCAGGACUGGGGCUGCCGGUCCAAGGCUUGGUGCGGCCUGAUGGAAUGCAGAGCCAGUGCUCCGUCUCCAGGCUGGGAUUUCAUCUCAUAAUCAAUGUACAUCAAGAUCCGCGAAAGACGAACUUUUAGACGGUGGUACUUUUCUCCCAUUCCCUGGGGGCAGAGUAUGCAGUUGGUGCUUUCUUUAAUUCCCUUGUGUUUUGUUUCUGUAAGCUUCCCUCACCCCGGUAUCAUGGAAAGGACCUCUGAAACACCACAUCAUGGGUGGCUGUAUCCAAAGUCUUUAAGUAGUUGGCCAGAGGUGCAGAGUAUCCUUUCCUGGAUUCAUGCUAGGGAAGGGCUCCUUGCCACGACUGAACUUCCUGUAUAAAAAGCUGGCCGGGAAGAAGGCUUGAUUUACUGAAAUCAAAGUUUAGUACUAUUAUCUAGCCACAAAUUGAUCAGCAAAGGCUAUUUAUUUUUAUUGUGAAGUGAGGGCCCCCACAUAGCCUGCCAUCUAGCACAGCACUCUCUCAGAUUGGAUGUUUGUUCAUUGUGUGUCUCCACGAGCCCCUCUCUGGUGCUGAAUCGGAUUUUAAUUCUUGGCAAGAGGCCUCAGCAUCAUUUCCUUGGGCUGGUCUAGGCCAGUAAAUAGCUGCCUGAAGUGUUUGUAUAUUAUCAUGGUCAAUAGUUCAGUGAAAUUUGUACAUUUUUGGUAACAUUGGCAUACAUGAUGCCCCUGCAGUUCCUUUUCUGUUUGGUAGUUUGUGACUCUAAAAUUCCCACUGUUAUGUGUGUUAAUUUAUGAAAAUAAAAAGGAAUUUUUUUUGGAAAA